AUGGCAGCCAGAGAUUAUGCAGGCUGUUUCUCCGGUUUAGAUGACAUAUUAUUAGAUGGAAAUAAAUAUGUUUGCAAAUUGGAACCCAAAUGGGUAAAGAAGGCCAAGGAGGAGUUGAACGAAGACCCAAAGGAACGGGACGCAGCUGUGGACCAGUUCAGACAGUGGAUUAAACAGCAACCUCAUUAUUCCGUAUGCACAGACACGAAUUUCCUGCUGCAAUUUUUGAGAAGAUGCAAGUUCAGUCAGUUGGAGGCCAGGACGAUGUUUGACGUCUAUCACAGCAAGAUUUACAGCUUGUUACCAUUUUGGAUGUGUAACAUCGACACUAAGUCUUCUGCUAUGAAGAAACUUCUCACGAGAGACAUGCCCUUGCUAAUAUUGCCAGACAGGGACAGUGAAGGACGUAGGAUUCUUUUGUGGAGGGCAGGUGCUUACCAAACGGGGAAGAAUUGUGGGUUUAACCACGAAGACAUUUUUUCGAUGUUCGGUUCCAUGUUCAUGUGCAUGAUGCGAGAAGAGUUAACACAGGUUAACGGGAUUGUAGUUUUUCAAGAUGGCACCGGACAAACCUUAAAGCAUACAACUUUCCUUGGGAUGGAAAAUGUGAAAAACGGACCAAUGAUCUUUUACAAUAACUUUCCGGCGAGAAUCAAGCAUGUCUACAUGUAUAACAUGGGAGCCGUUAUGGAGGCCUUUACUGCCAUCUUUUGGCCGUUCAUUUCAAACAAAAUAAAAGAAAGGUUCAACUACUUCUCUAACCUGGAGGAACUUUAUGAAAAACUCCCCAUGAAAUUAUUGCCUAAGGAGUACCUACCGGAUGACUACACUGGUCCUCAUGCUGGAACCAUUAGUCAGAUAUCUAACUACUGGUAUCAGCGGUUGACGUCACCCGAGAUGAACAAAAGAAUCAAGACAUUGAGCACAACGCAGUUCAAAGUCGACGAGAAGAAACGACCGAAAAAAGGUCAAGACGAAGUUGCAAGCUUUAGAAAACUUAACAUUGAAUAAAAUGUCGUGUUUUUAUUAAACUACCGAAGACUCAGCUUUAUUUUGCCAUAUCUUGGAUCAAAAUUAGGUUACAAGCUUCAGAAAACAUUGAAGAAAUUAUUAUAAGGCC